AUGCAGUCAUAUCUAGCCUACAAGCGUUUUGGCAAGCAUGCGCGUGCUCAGUAUGAAAGAGACGAGAAGCGUGCUGAGGCCAUCGAGCGAGGAAAUGCUGAGAAUGCUGGAAGCGGCCAAGAUCAGAGCCCCGACUCUCGUGAUCCGGAGAGAGCAGAGCAGCCAGGAAGAUCGGACGAGAAAGAUGAUCGAGACAAGGAAGAAGAAGAGGAAGAAGGGAUGGAAAGGAAUAACACCCUCGCAACGAUCCACACGUCUCAGAGCUUCGGAACAAGAAUGGGGCAUGCGAUGACUGGUAUCGAAGUCAGAGAACUUUCUAAAGAGAUGACGAGGCGAAGGACACGAGCAAGCGGUCGAACGAAUACCAGCGAUAAAGCCCCCGAGCGGGAAAAGGUCUUCGUCGUUGGGUAUGAGUCUGAAUCCGAUAUUUUGAACCCUCAUAAUUGGUCCUAUGGGACACGCAUCCUCGCAACGAUUAUGAUCGCAUGGAUCGGCUUCAUCGUCGGUUUUGCGUCCUCUGUUGAUUCGGCAGCCCUUACGCAGGCUGCUGAGGAGUUUGGUGUCAGUGAGGUGACUGAGAGCUUGGCAACUGGGUUGUUUUUGGUGGGAUUUGGAUUUGGUGCCUUGUUUGCCGGACCGAUUUCUGAGACAGUGGGAAGGAACCCAGUUUAUAUCGUUACACUGGCUGUGUAUAUGAUCUGGAUCAUGGCUUCUGCUCUUGCUCCUAAUAUCGGUGCCCAGCUCGUUUUUAGAUUUCUUGCUGGCUUCUUCGGCUCAACUCCCUUAACCUGUGCAGGAGGAUCUAUCUCAGAUCUCUGGGAUCCAAUGGAACGUGUCUUUGCCUUCCCUGUCUUCGCGAAUGCCGCAUUCAUGGGACCAAUAUUCGGCCCAGUCGUGGGAGGUUUCGUCGGCCAGUCAAGCUUGGUGAGCUGGCGGUGGUGCGAAUGGAUAACCCUCAUCAUCUCCGGGGCCAUCCUCAUCAUGGUCAUCCUCUUCCAACCCGAAACAUUCGCUCCUAUCCUCCUAAAAUGGAAAGCUACGCAUCUCCGCAAAAUCACAGGCGACAACCGCUACGUAGCAGAAGUUGAGAUCCGCGCUGAUCCAUUCUGGAAACGAUUGCUGCACGCUCUGUACCGCCCCUUCAUCUUGACUGCACGAGAACCAAUCGUCAUCUUGUUUGCGUUGUAUCUGACCGUUGUGUAUAUCAUUCUUUUCACAUUUUUGGACGGAUAUACAUACAUUUUUGGCAGGACCUACGGCUUCAGCGAAGGCAUAACCGGUCUCUCCUUCCUCGGCAUCGGCAUCGGUCUCUGCUUUGCCUCUCUCUGGGUACCUCUCAUCCACCACUGGGCAAAACGGGACCUCGCCAUCGCGCGAGAAAAAUACGGACCCAACGCACGCAAUCCCCCUGAAAAGCGGCUCUGGUUCGCUAUGCUUGGCGCCCCAGCUGUUCCGAUCUCGCUUUUCUGGAUGGGUUGGACGAAUUAUAAGAGUGUGAGUUAUUGGAACGCGCUGGUGGCGAGCGUGUUGUUCGGUUAUGGCAUUUUGUGCAUUUUCAUCUCGAGUUAUCAAUAUAUUAUUGAUAGCUAUGAGAUGUAUGCUGCCAGCGCGUUGGCGAGUUUGACGUUGAUUAGAUAUGUUGCUGCGGGCGGCAUGGUUGAGGUUGGGAUUCCAUUUUACGAGAAUUUGGGUGUCCACUGGACGUUGACUAUUCUGGGUAUCAUUUCGACGCUCAUGGUGCCAGUGCCGUAUGCGUUCUAUCGUUAUGGCCCGAAGAUCAGGAGUUGGUCGAAGUAUGCAGCGAAUGUUGAUGAGUGAGGGGUGCUGAAGGAGGGAGAGCUGUAAAAAUGGUCCAUUGGUCCACCAUAUGAGACUUUGAGGAGACUUAGCAAGGCGUUCUGGAUGUAUUGAAAUAGCGGAAGGCUGGAAUAUGAUUUUAUUGAAUAAUACAGUAUUUGAGGCUUGAAGUGUCUAUUAU